CUUCUGCUUUUCAUGAGAGAGGCAGUUCUGCCUUUGGAAGGAAGCUACCAUUCCUACACCACGGGGGAUGCCGAAUCCGCUAGACCAGAGAUACAGGCACUCUAUAUUCUCCUCCCCCCAUUAGUUCCUUCUCAAUAGUCUGAUCCUGAAAAGGAGGGGUGGACGGGGGAGUUAUCUGGCAGCCAGCUGAUCUUUGCUGUGGUAUUCUGCGAGGGAAAGAAGGAGACUGCAAACUCUUCGUUACUCAACUGUGCCGAGAUAGAGGAAGCCGCGAGAGAACAUCAACAGUCGCGUGAGAGGAAGGAAGCAGCUAGGCUUUUGAGACUAAAACAUGAAGCUCGGGUUCAAGAGCACGUGAAGCGUUGCCAGCGACAAAAACAUCUGCAAGACAGGAGGAGAGAAAAAGAAGCAAGGGGAGACUGACUCACUUGUUUGGAUUCGCCCACAAGGUGUUCCUUUAGACGCUUGGCGUGUCACCAGCAAGAGGUCGAAGAUGUCUUGGCUGUCACCAGUGCAGUGGGCCAAAUGGACCUGGUCGGCCGUUAGAGGAGGAGGGGAGGAAGACGGCGAGACUACUUUGGGGAUGGACGACGAGGACCUCACGGAAGAGCCGCGAGAGUCUAUGCCAAGAUAUCAAGAGGACGACGAAAGGUCUCAUGGCUGCAGUUCGGACUCAGAGAGCCAAUUUGACACACCUGAAGCUGAGACACCCGUCCAUCAGCCAUAUAAAGAACCAUCAAUGUUGGAUCAACCAAUCCCAGAGAGCACAGGUUUCCCAGAAGUAAAUCAGGUGACCUCCAUCACAACCAAAACCCAGAACCUGACCCUGGACGAGAGCUUUCCUGAGGAUGCACCUGCCCCGGUGGUGCGGCAGAGCAGUGUGGACCUAAACCCAACCCUGAAACUCAGUAACCAGCCUUCCUCUGCUGACAUGGAUGUGGACCAACUCAACUCUGCUGAAGCAGGAACAACAGAUGACAUCAACACCUGCAAUGGUCACACUGAAGAGCCAUCCUCCAAACCACAGACCAAGUCCCUCAAACCUAGUCCUCCUUCCCUCAAGGUGAAGGCCCCACUGAACGGUGUAGACCCCAACGAGGUGGAUGACGAUCCUCCGAUACUUCCAAAGGGGAGCUACAACUUUGACCCUGAUCAGUUUGACGAUAACAUAAAUCCACUCGCGUCUGUAGGGCCCAAGUUGCAGAACUCUCCACCUGCCGAUGCCAGUAUUCCUAAAUCAGAGUUGACAGAUGAAAUGGCUGCGCAGCCAGUCAUGUUGGAGUUUGGACUCGAUGAUGCUGAAGCAAAGAGACCUCCACCCAAGAAGUCUGGCAAGAAGACAAGCAGCAAGCUGACUACUCCAAAAAAACAGAGACCAAAAGCUGCAGAAACAGCAGCUCCACCACCAGAGACAUCAUCAGAACAAGACCAACCGCCAUCUGAGAAUGUGGCUCCUGUAAACGUUGAUGAUAUUCCUAUUCCUAAAAAAUCCUACAACUUUGACCCAAGUCAGUGGGAUGAUCCCAACUUUAAUCCUUUUGGUGGGAGCGCUAAACUUAGCAACUCACCGACACUUUCUAAAGGAUCAUAUAAUUUUGACCCUGAUAACUUUGAUGACUCUGUUGACCCUUUUAAGCCAUCAAAGACCUUAAGUGACACAAAUAAACCAAUGACUGAGAAGUCAACAGACAAACACAAACCAGAGGGAACUGUGGAGCAGCGGAAGAAAGCAGGACAGUCUCCGAAGAAAAACAAAGACAGGAUUAUCACGAACUCAUGUAAAGUAAAGAAGUAUGAGAAUCAGUCCUUAGUCCUGGAUGUCUGCAAUCAGGAGAAAGAUGAACAGGAGGAUCCUGCAUCUAAAGUACCGAACCGUGUCCAUCACGCUACAGAUGAGGAGAAAUUAGCCUCCACUGUCAUGAGCCAAAAGGACGGGCCGGAGGAGUUUUCAGACUGCACCAAAACAACCAAGACUGCAGACGAUCUGCCAGUGGGCAUAACAGACCAGUUUGAUGAGAAGGACCUUUCCUCUCCUAGUGAGAGUUUGUGUAAGAGUCAGACUCUGAGCUCUUCAGAGAGUGAGACCAUAACGAAGACGAGUCCGGGGCUGGAUUCAAUCCCUCUCAGUGAGAUAGAUAAAGCUGCAGUACUCACUCUGAUCAGAGAAGAGAUAAUUGCCAAAGAGAUCGAAGCCAAUGAGUGGAAGAGAAAAUAUGAGGAGGGUAAACUGGAGGUUAUUGAAAUGAGGAAAAUAGUGGAUGAGUAUGAGAAGACAGUAGCUCAAAUGAUCGAAGAUGAGCAGCGAAAGAAUAUAGGAUCUCAGAAAAGCGUCCACCAGUUAACCUUGGAAAGAGAUCAGGCCCUCGCAGACCUCAACUCGGUGGAACGCUCGCUUUCUGACCUUUUCAGACGCUACGAAAACAUGAAGACCGUUCUUGAAGGCUUUAAGAAGAAUGAGGAAGUGCUAAAGAAGUGCGCUCAAGACUACCUCACACGCGUGAGGCAGGAGGAACAACGUUACCAGACUCUCAAAAUCCAUGCCGAGGAGAAACUUGAUAAAGCGAAUGAGGAAAUAGCUCAGGUGCGAGCUAAGGCCAACGCAGAGAGCGUUGCGUUGAACGCCAGCCUGAGAAAAGAGCAGAUGAAGGUGGACUCCCUGGAGCGGGCACUCGAACAGAAGAAUCAAGAGAUUGAAGAGCUCACUAAGAUUUGCGAUGAGCUCAUUGCAAAAUUGGGCACCACGGACUAAGAGGAAAGAGAACCCGCUUAUAUUGCCCUGUCUGACCCCAAACCCACCCUGACCAAGAAAGCCUCUGGAUCUCCCAUUGCAUUUUUUUCCGUUUUGGAAAGGAGUUGCUUUUCCAUAGGUCUGGCUCAGGCACUGGAAGAAACAAGAUUUGAGCUGAAGAAUCAAAUAAAAUAGUCCCAAACGUUUUUACAGAUUCAUAUUGUGCUGAUGUUGGACUUAUACCGAUAUGUGGUGGUAUAAAAUGAUUCUUGAAGAGGGUGGGAAAAACCACCCACAUAUCUUAUUCUGAUGACUUUCUGCUGGCUGUUUUGGCAGCUGUGUGUAUGAGCGUUUGGGAGAGCCUCUGGGUGUGUGUUCAGGUGUGAACAAGACAUUGGAUGAGGGUCAUUGGCCUUGUUUAUAGUUUACAUGAUCGCACUGCUGCUAUUUGUAAAGGAGGGAGCAAAUCAUAUUAUUUACAACCUUUUAGUUACAUUACUUGCAUUGAAAAGUACUGUAACCGAUGUAAUUAUUUGCUUAUAUUUUAGAGGUCAUGAUACAAGUUUAAGAAAUAUCCAAAGUUCAGUACAAGGUGAUUUGACAGCACUGGUGGUAUAAUGUUUAUUACCAUGAAAAUCUGUGAAAAAACGAAAAAAUCUGGGUUGCAGUAAGAAACAAUAAGCAUAUUAACAUGUUUUUAGUGUUAUAUUGCUUGCUACGCUUUUCUGUGUAUACAAUUGCUAUGUUGGCAUGUUAACAUAAAGCCUUAAAGGGAUAGGUCACCCAAAAAAUUACCCUCAUGACGUUCCACACCCGCAAGACCAUCGUGCAUCUUUGGAACACAGAUUUAGAUAUUUCUGAUGAAAUCCGAGAGCUUUCUGACCCUGCAUAGACAGCAACACAACUGACACAUUCAAGGCCCAGAGUAGUAAGAACAUUGAUAAAUAGUCAAUUUUUGCUUUUUUCUUUAAAAAAAAAAAAAGGGACAGGUUAAAAUGACAUUUUAGUCAAUGUUUUGCCACAACUACUGUCAAGUUUAACUUGUAUUGAAGCUUGAAUAUUAUUUCACCGAGUAGUUUUUAAGCAUAUUCAAAGCUUCUGUUUAAGAGUUUAUAGACGGUUAUAGUUCCAUCUAUUGUUUUCUUACCCUCAGUGUGUUUAGGUGCCAAAUUAUCAUAAUUUAUCAUAAUAAGCAAGCUCUGGUGUUACUAGAUGGGUUACUUAUUGCUAGCGAUGAGGUCAUAAUCAUCCAUGCUUGCUUGCAAAGUUCUACAGCACAAAUGCAAAACUGAAAGCACUUAAACUUUCUUUUAUUAAUGAAUUACUUUGGUUUCAAAGUUUGCAUGAAGUAAAGAGUUUAUCACAAGUUUACUCUGUUUCACUGACCAGACCGAAUCAUUUUUAAAACAUUCAAUGAAGUCAUUUCAAGAAUUGACAAUCUUUUGCUAAAGUAUGUGCCUAAUGCUGAUGUGAUGCUUUCUAUUGGCUGUUGUUUCUCUUUUUUUUUACCCACAAUUCCUAUGUGCUAUCUUAUGCAAUAUUUCAACUCAGAAUAACCAACUGCCAAAUAAAACCGCUAUCCGUGUGCCAAACAUUAAUGGGUCGUGUGGAGAAGUCGAACCUGUAAAUUGUCAUGUUGGUGUUCUUGACAGUACUCACUGACCUGUGUAUAUUUUUAUGAGAAGAGUAAUGUUCUUUUAUUGUGUUAUUAAUGUUUGUAAAGUGGAAGAGAGAGUGAGAGUUGCACAGAAAUCCCAUUGACUAAUAUAUAUUUUGUGCAUAAAUGCAUUCCCUGAAUAAAGUACAAAUUUGCUUGA